GAGUACGUCAACCUGCAGAACGAUGUCCUACCUGGUUGUUACGAGCAUGUGGGCGAAGGCCCGCUCCGUCUUACCUGUUCAAUGUGUGAACAAUCUUCGCCAAUGGUAUAUGCCGAGCAGUGGAUGUGUCUGUACCGAAAGUGCCUGGGCUUCUGGAGAAGCGCACAAGGCCAUGCUCCAACACAAUUGACGUAUGCUAGGUCCUUCCUUCAUCCAAUCGCCUUUGCGCCGGAAGACUUGGAGGAAUUGCGACCCAGUCCGCCGGUAGCUGAGGCUGAGGAUGGAAUCACGACCAGCUCCAUGUUCUGCAAGGGCUGGCAUUGUAGGCAAUGUGGUCGGUUGUCAAGCAGGUAUAUGUGGGAGCAUUGGCACUGCAAGCAUUGCGGAGGGCAGUACAAGGUUGCCGGUCGCGUUCGGGACUCCAAAGAGUUUUGGACACAACCGAGCCCACAGAGCUUUACCAACCACGUCGUUGCUACCGACUCAGGAUCAUCGCGCUGCCCAUGCGGAUAUGCAAGUUGGGUCCUUCGUGGGGCCAAUGCAUACCUAUAUCCUCCCGCACAACAGGUUUGCAUUACGGAAUGAUGGCUUCAAUGUCGCUGAUACCCUUGUUACCUUCAGAGGGCGAAUACACCUGAUCUGUCCACCUCCUGCGUCGAAAGUCCCCGCUAACACCGCGUUCAAGGAAUAUCAAGUACAGGCGACUAAUGGAGAGCUCCUAUUCCGUCGAUGGCCCCUGCGAGCUGUAAAGGAACGCUCUUGAC